AUGUUUUCGAAAAAGUUGUACACACUUGUGUUUUUACGUACCGAAACACAAAUACUACUGGGUUUGAAAAAACGUGGUUUCGGAAUAAACAAAUGGAACGGUUUCGGCGGCAAAGUAGAGCAAAAUGAAUCGAUUAUCGAUGCAGCUAUACGAGAGUUAAAUGAAGAAUGCUGUGUUACUGUUAAAAAUGAAGACUUAAAAAACAUAGGUCACUUAGAAUUUACCUUUGAAGGAGACACAGUCAUGAUGGAUGUCAGGGUUUUCUCUGCAACUGUCUACAAAGGAACUCCUACGGAGACUGAGGAAAUGGCCCCUAAAUGGUUCGACUUAGAUAAAAUUCCAUUUACUGAUAUGUGGCCAGAUGACCGUAUUUGGUUCCCAUACAUGUUAAAAAAUAAAUUAUUUCUUGGUAAAUUCCAUUAUAAAGGAUUUGAUACAAUAUUAAAUUAUAAUUUGCAAGAGUUAAAAUCCAUGGACAUACUGUAUAAAAACAAA